UGCCAGUCUGAGUAUGAGCGAGUCGAACAGGGCGAGUUCUAGUUAUUUUGGAGCUAUCCCACGUCUUGAUUUCACUUUUGGAACUGGCAGUGAAACCUCCGACAUCCGGGGAACACCAUCGGUGGAAUCUAUAUUCACUUUUACAGAUGUUAUCCCAACUUCUAUUGAAUCACCAUUUCUGAACCAGAGACGUCGUACAACCCCAGUACUCGUAUUCGACUUCCGGAAGCCAGUCGCCCCUCUUGAGUUACUGCAGGCCAGUGACAUUGUUUUGGAAGAUGAUCUUAUGGACACAAACAUAUCAGGAAAGUUGAAUGUACUACCGGAGUGUGUAAUAUUCAGUUCUGACAGUACGAAAAAGAUUGCAGUCAUAGUGGAUCGGUCAUAUACAAAGAGAAAUCUAUUUUUACUAAUAAACUGUUAUCAUAAUAAUUAUCCCAGAAUUCUCUACUGUGUAUGUGUAGAUGAACACAUUACCGUGUCUCAAUUGAUUUAUGCAAUUUCAGAGAAACAGGCACAGAAAGAUCAAGGAAAGGUAUGUUUGCUUGUACAAGGACGAAUUGUUCAAAGUUCUGCAGAAAAGGUUAUUAACCUCGGUUUAAAUAACCUUGUAGAAUGCAAACCCAUCAAUCAGCGACCAAUAACUUUAAAAUGUCGUUAUCAUGUAACACCAAAAGUAGAAAUUCUGUAUUACCUGGAAUGCUUGAACACGGACACUGUUAGGGAAGUAAAAGACAAAAUAUAUUCGCAGAUGGGAAAAGAAUUUCCAAACAUUUUGCAUCAAGGAGACGAGAUUGUCAUUUCUUGUGAUACUGGCAUUUUAGAGGACAAUGGUUAUUUGUUUCCUAGCGAUGAAGCGAGUUUAUCUCAGAUUGAUGUAUUUCGUCGCGUGCAAGAGACCAUCACAAUUCAGACCAAAAGAGGUGAUAGUAUACCUAUUGUUGCUGUCUACAAUGGCCUUAGGACUACCAUCGUAAUACAACGAAAUAUAUCAACAGAAUAUCUACGGUAUAAAAUCGGAAAGCACAUUAAGAAACAUCCACAGGCUUUAAAGCUGAAAAUAAACAACACAAAAGUACCAGACAUCAACAAUCUUACGAAAUUAGAUUCGUUCACCAGCAACUGCGAGAUACAGGUUGUAUUCGCAAAGAAAACCACAUUCCAAGUGAUAUUUGCAAAUGAUAGCACUGAUUCCAGAAUCGUGGACAUGUACAAAAAUGAUAAAGUUUGUCAAUUAAAGGAUAUCAUAGCUUCGUCUAUAGGAGCCAGACCUUUUGAUUUACAAUUGUGUUACUCUGGAACGCAAAUGGACGAUAACAAACGGUUGAAAGAAUACUAUAUCAGGUCUGAUGGGAUAAUCGAGGUGGUUGUACUUGAAAAUCGCAUAAAACUCAUGAUCAGAUGUUGCUGGUAUCCACCACUGAUUAUUGCCAUAGAUAAUUCGCUAAAUACCAAGGUACUGCAGCUGAAGACUUUCUUAUCGAGGAUACUGAACUUGAGGGUUUUCGAAAUGAACAUUGUCUUUAAAGGAACGUCUCUGCGUAACUGUGCCACUGUUUUUGAAUCGGGUAUCAGGUGUUAUGACACACUCGUUGUGUGCAUGUUUUCACACAGCGAAAGGAACAAUGACAAAGGCAUUUUUAGACGGAUCUUGUUGAACGGUGUGGGAACAGUUCUUUUGGAUGAAGCAGUUAUAAUGAUUGAUGGAGACGUUUUGGGUUUCCGAGAAUUUAAAGACAUGGAUACACUACCAGGCUAUUGGCAUCAAGAUGAACUGCAAUGUUCACACAGAGGUAUACAACUUCUAGACGAUGGACAGAAAAGAGAUGCUGUUAAGCUGUAUCGUCAGGAACAACAAAACACCGUGCGAUCAAGUCAGUCUGGGCAUGACACGACACAUUCAACAGGAUCUUCCACUAGCUCAUUCAUAUGCACCGAGAGAAAAACAUAUCAGAAAGCGACCCACUGUGCAACAGCAAUAUCACAGAGCUUAGUCACAGCAGAAUCACCGAGUUUAGUCACAAAGAGUCACAGGCAUCACUAGGGUCACAGAGUUUGGUAAAAAGUGAGUCACAGAGUUUGGUCAUAACAGAAUCAGAGACUGGACUCACAACAAAGCCACAGACUGUGUUUACAACAGAACAGAGUGUGGUCACAACCGAGUCACGAAGUUUAACACGUUACCAAAAUGCGGAUCAGUUUCAUGCAAUUGAAACCAAGUCAUUGACUCAGAAAGACGGCUUUUACAACUUUACGUUUCAAGGUAGAUAUUCAACAGCAGCUGUAGAGAAACUAUUCGGGCGUUCCCGUUUAUAUCCAGAUAUAUUGACAGUAUGCGAGUCAGAGAUGACUCGGAGUGUUUCGCAGUUAGCAUUGCCAGAAAGCCCGGCAAAAGACGAACUUCAACAGAUAUUCCUUGUUCUUUCUAAGAAUCUUGGUAAAGAAUGGCAGAUGCUGGCAUUGCAUUUGGGGUUAGAACAGAACGACAUUGACAGGUGCGAAUGUGAACAUGGAAAUAAUCUGGAACUGAAGAUAUACAGCAUGCUGUCCUGCUGGAGGUCCAAGAAGGGAAAACGGGCAACCAAAGAUGAACUACUUCGUAGAUUAAGAUCGCAUGAGCUCAACAGUAUUGCCGAUGACUUGGAAAACGAUUUUCCCGAUAGUCUAUAAAGUUAGAACUACUUCAUAGAUUAAGAUCGUAUGAGCUCAACAGUAUUGCCGAUGACUUGGAAAACGAUUUUCCCGAUAGUCUAUAAAGUUAGAACUGUUUCGUAGAUUAAGAUUGUGUGCGCUCAACAGUAUUGCCGAUGACUUGGGAAAACAUUUCUCCAACAGUCUAUAAAGUUGCCGCCAUUGUGCAACCUCAUACCUCUCCUACCCCGUCUGACACGCCGUGCAUGCAAGCAUCAUGCAGGCAUCCUCGUCCUUUGCCACUAAAAAGCUAGUUUCACUCAUCACACUAACGAUCGCUGGUCGAACCCAUGCCACUAACGAUCGCUAGUCUAACCAUAGUGUAUAAAAUUAUGAUAAAUGAAGGUGUUCAACAUGGGUAUAGGCUUAAAUAUUUAGUAUAUGUAUACAUGAUACCCUAAAUGAUACCAAAUCAUUUUAAAUAAUAAAAAGCAACACUUUUGUUCAUACGGUUUCUGAACAACGGCAAGAUCAAUACUUACAAGCUUAGAAUGAUGAGGUCAAGGUAGCAAGGUGCUAAAAAAGGUGAUAUUUAAAGAUAAAACCAACCAUUACAAUGUCUUUGACAAAACGACGAUUCUACUUGACAUAUCAAUAUGUAAACUAGCCGCCAUCUUGCCCGACAGUUCCCAGGCCUAAACUAUACCAACAUUUUUUGUGAUAACAUUAGCUCAUUGAACCACGAUGAACAUUGCUUAACUGAAUUGCUACUCCAAACAAAAUAAUCCAAACAAGAGACACAACGAUACACCAUAAAAGCGACUCUACGUUAGACAUUAAAUUUGCCUCGUGCUAAUUGCCUGACGAUAUAUAGAAGAAAAUAUGAUUUUAUAUGACAUUAUGGACUUUUCUGAAUUGAAUCGAAUUCUUAGUUUGUUGUUAACAAUUGAUUCUGAAAUGGCAUUCAACAUUGUUGGGUGGGAAUAUACUGAUUAAAAGCUAGAAACCUUUACUUUUAAUAAGGAAAAUAUGAACAGCAGAGACAGAUUCUAUGUAAUUCCUUACAGCAUUUUCAACCAAUAGAUUUACAGUUACUGUUAUAUGGUCGAAGCACAUUAAACGAUGCUAAUAAUAAAGAAAUAUUUACUUGUGUUCAAAUAUAUAUCAAACUUAUCGUUUUGAUUAAUAAAGUAUAAUUUAAAUUACCGUAUGGAUUAUUUGUAAGUGUGAUAACGAGUUUGACUGCACGUGAAGUACAUGUACUAUUUGUGUUUAAUCUUGCAUUACUAUUUCUGUUCUUCUUUCAUAUUCUUUGGUAUAUAAUAUUUUUCCACUGGUUAUAUGUUACUCUUUAAAGGGGCAUUCCUGAGUUUACUGCAUUGUAAUAUGUUUCCGACUAAUAAAAUAUUUCU